UUUGGUGAUCAUGUCCAGUACAAAGCACCCUUCUGACCAAGCUAGUGGACUGGACCAUGAGGCCAAGAGACUGAAGCAAGAAGAAGAUAGUCAUGCAGCACCGAGAGCGAGACUAGAAGCAGCACUUUUGGAGGGUAUCAAGGAGAUUGUCAGGAACCCAUCAUGUAUCAAGAUCUUAUUCGGUAUAGCUUGCUGUGGCCGGUGUAUGCUGAGGUUUUUGGGCGUGCGUGAUUAUGAGAUCUAUGAGUUACCUUCCAAAGAGAUCAAAGAUAUUUUAGUUCGACAUGCCUCAACAUUAUCUCCACAGGACGAUGCAACGACUUUACAUGCGGACGAAGAGACUAUUUGCAUAGCAUGUGUAGGAACAGUUCAAUACGCCGAGGAAUUUGUCGAUGAGAUUGUGCUACGCAUUCAGAAGGAAGCAUACGAGACAAAAUCUUUUAACAUGAAUGUGACCCUUCCAACCAGCACCUUGAUCAGGAAUCAUUCAGUGGGGAUCUACUGGAAUCAACAUCUCGAAUAUUACCCCAAAAAUCAAGUUGAUAUCAAAGAAGUCUUCAAGCUCUUGAUUAGUUGGCCAAUAGAGACGCGAAUGGGGUUAACCUUAGAUUUUUCAAGUGAGCUCAGAAUACAGGUGUCAAUCAAGCAUGAGGAGACAAAGGAUGAUCAUUUAUUUCUUUCGAGGAUGAAAGAAUCAGGCUUGGUUAUCAAGACUAAGAGGGAGAACAGGAAAACCAUCGUCGUUGGCGACGGCCGACAUCAUAUUGUAAAGGCCCUUACAUGCGUGAGCGAUGAGCGCUUUGCCUCCAUUGGGAACGUGCCGCCGACUACAAUUACAACAAAGCCUGAACUUGAAUCCAUCGAGAUGAUGAGGGAAUCCGUUUAUGUUGGAGGUCGCUACCUCAAAUAUAGCCGCGAUGUCAGUCAAACACCUUGGAGUAUUGGAACAACUAUGCUUGCAGAGCUUUCCGUCUCGGGUAUUGUUUGCGAUACCAUUAAGAAUGCUUUCCGUGCAGAUGACUACAAGUUUACCACCGCAGGCCGCGAAGAUGCCAACGUUCGCAUGCUGGGCAACGGGCGGCCAUUCUGCAUUGAGUUGAUAAACCCCAGGAUAGCAUCAGUACCUAAUAAGACUAUCAAAAGUCUUGAGACGGAGAUUAACACUAUCAUGCCUCACAAGGUUCAGAUCCGAAGUCUUGCUGCUAUUACAGCCGAGGAUACCAAGGUCAUCAAGGACGGCGAAGAAACCAAGACUAAGAGUUAUAGCGCUCUAUGUUGGACGUCUAAUCCAGUCGACCAGGCUAUGAUUAAUGCAAUCAACGAGUAUACUAACAAGCCGUUUUAUGUUGAACAGCAAACCCCUAUUCGCGUCCUUCAGAGGCGUGCUCAAAUGAUCCGCAAAAAGCAAAUCCAUUCAUUGAAGGCAUUCCCACUUGAAGGUCAUUUCAUGGUCGUUCAUUUGCACACAGAGGCAGGGACGUAUAUCAAAGAGUUUGUUCAUGGAGACCUUGGCCGGAAUCAGCCUAGUUUGGGGUCAAUUAUUGGAUGCGAGGCAGACAUCAUGGAGUUAGAUGUGCUUGAGGUGGACCUGGAGUUUCCCCCGCCCUCUUGCUUAAAGGAUAUGUGAGCUUGUUAGUGAAAUAAAC